AUGGAGAGCACUGUAGAACAGAGGAGUGUGCUAGUGCGCAGUAAAAUCAGUGAUUCUGGCAAGAGGAAUGGCCUGAUUAACACCAGGAACUUGACAGCAGAGAGCAGAGAUGGCCUGGUGUCAAUUUUCCCAGCACCCCAGUACCAGAAUCGCCGGCUGAUGGCCAGUGCCACACCAGCUAUUCUGGACAGCAGCAGAAGUGAGCCAGUCCAGCAACUGUUGGACCCCAACACCCUUCAGCAGUCGAUGGAGUCCCACUACCACCCCAACAUCAUCCUCUACUCAGAAGGCGUGUUGCGCUCCUGGGGAGAAGGCAUGGCUGCAGACUGCUGUGAGACCACCUUCAUUGAGGACUGCUCACCCACCAAAGACAACCUGGAGUAUCCUGAUGGGAAGUUUAUUGAUCUUUCAGCUGAUGACAUCAAAAUCCACACCCUUUCCUAUGACGUGGAGGAAGAGGAGGAUUUCCAGGAGCUGGAGAGUGACUAUUCAAGUGACACAGAGAGCGAGGACAACUUCCUCAUGAUGCCUCCCAGGGACCACCUGGGCCUCAGUGUCUUCUCCAUGCUCUGCUGCUUCUGGCCCUUGGGUAUCGCUGCCUUCUACUUAUCACAUGAGACCAACAAAGCUGUGGCCAAGGGAGAUUUCCACCAAGCCAGCACUAGCUCCCGACGGGCUCUCUUCCUGGCUGUGCUCUCCAUCACACUGGGAACUGGCAUCUACGUGGGCGUGGCUGUGGCCCUCAUAGCCUACCUCUCCAAGAACAACCAUUUAUGA